ACCUUUUUUGUAUCCGUCAUUGUCAUGGCAUAUUAAUUUAUUCAUACUUUUUUUUUUUAACAGGGAAUGUGUGUAUUGUAAAUAUGCCGAUAGGGCCCCAAGCCAUGCAGAUAUUAGGCUAUCUAAGACUAAAAACAAAUUACCAAACAGAAACACAAAGCAUACCAACCAUCAAUAUACUGUAGUAGUCGUAAAAGACAAAUUCACACAGACUGAGAGGAAUUCAUACAUCCACUGUCUUUUGCAGCAUUUGCACUAAAUUGUAAAUAUAUUUUAACACAAGCCUUGCUGCCCUAAUUUGUAAAUAUUUAUAGUGUUGUUUUUGUUUUUUACUUUUAAUAUGCUGUAAUUUGUAUCUCUUUAAUCAGGCACCCUCCAUCAGUGUUUCAUUGAAUUAGGCCCACUUAGUACAUGAAAUCAUGUGACAAACAUCUCCAUGUAAUUUGUAUUAAUGGAACAGAACUGAACCUGCUACACGUUUUCAAACAAAUUCCUUAUUUUGCCAUAUUAGUGGGAGGCUUUCAAACUCAUGUGGGUGGGGUUGUAGUGGGUAUAACUGGCAGAUCAGCAUAGUCAGAGGGACACGAAUGAGAGAGUGACCGUGUCGUACCAUACCGGAAUAAUCAGAGUUUUCACGAUUAACACAAAAAAAGUUGAGAUCAAUGAACACCUAAGAAGGAACUCCAACAUCCAAGACUCUUGAAUUUUGUUACUGACAACGUGAGAGAACAGGAGCGCAUGUUGUGCAGAUGUUAUGACAUUCAUUUUGCUCAAAAAUGAAUCAAACUAGUAAAUUGUCUGUCAUUACCUGGAGGACAAUCUGAUGUUGUGGUGUCAAAGUGGAAAGUUCUUCAAGUGGAUCUUGGUUUCACAGGUGACUUGUGUGUGAGAAGAGAUGGGAUCCAGUGCAGCAGAGAGAGAGGCCCCAAGACCCCCGGAUGGCGGCUGGGGCUGGGUUGUGUUGAUUGGAUGCUUCGUCAUCACUGGCUUCUCCUAUGCUUUCCCCAAAGCUGUUAGCGUUUAUUUCAAAGAGUUGAUGAAAGACUUUGGUUGCGGGUACAGUGACACAGCAUGGAUCUCCUCCAUCAUGUUGGCCAUGCUCUACGGUUCAGGUCCCCUGUCCAGCAUCUUGGUAAACAAGUUUGGAUGUCGUCCAGUGAUGCUGCUGGGAGGACUGUUGGCAUCAGCAGGAAUGAUCACUGCUUCCUUCACGACCAAUAUCAUCCAGCUGUAUUUGACUGCUGGAAUGCUCACAGGUCUUGGUUUAGCCUUCAACUUCCAACCUUCCCUCAUCAUGUUGGGGACCUAUUUUGACAAGCGCCGCCCUCUGGCCAAUGGACUUGCAGCAGCGGGGAGCCCCGUGUUUCUUUCAGCCUUGUCCCCUUUGGGUCAGGUGCUUGUCGACAAGUACGGCUGGAGAGGAGGGUUCUUCAUCAUGGGCGGCCUGCUACUCAACUGCUGCACCUGCGGGGCGGUCAUGAGGCCCUUGCUGGGGAAGCUGAAGAAGGCACCAGUCGGGGUGGAGGCCGACGCCCAGGAGCUGAAAGAGAUGCUGCCGUCAAAGGGCCAUGAGAACAACGUGGUGAAGAAGAGCCAGAAACCGCCCAAGAAGAAACUGUUGGACUUCAGUGUGCUUAGCGACAGAGGCCUGGUGAUCUAUAUCAUUGCCAAGUUCAUUGUGGUCUUAGGCCUGUUUGUGCCCACCAUUCUCCUGGUUAACUAUGCCAAGGACCAGGGGGUGCCCGACCGCGACGCCGCCUUCCUACUCUCCAUCAUCGGCUUCAUAGACAUCUUUGCACGACCCACCUGUGGUGUGAUAGCUGGCCUGAACUGGGUGCGACCAAAGAUGCCCUACUUCUUUAGUAUCGCCCUGAUCCUCAAUGGCCUCACAGACGUCUGUUCAGCAAGGAAUACCAGCUACAUGGGGCUGGUUAUCUUCUGCGUGUUCUUUGGAAUCACCUAUGGCAUGGUGGGAGCUCUGCAGUUUGAGGUGCUCAUGGGGAUAGUCGGAAGUGGCAGCUUCCCCAGUGCCCUCGGGCUUGUGCUGCUCUUUGAAGCCGUGGGUGUGCUAAUUGGACCGCCCUCUGCUGGAAUCUUGGUGGAUGCUUUCAAAAACUAUGAGCUGAUUUUUUACAUGGCCGGAUCAGAGCUGCUAACUGCGGGUGUGUUCCUGGCCACAGCGUCUUACUGUUGCAUAGGGAGAAAGAAAAGCAAGGACUCACCAAAUGUGGAGGAACCAGAUGUCGAGGAGGUGGUCAACCAUACCAAUCAUGAUUCGGACAAUGCUCACCAAACUGCUUUGAAGGAUGAAGAAAGUUGAGAUCCAAGUAGAAGACCAAUAAGACCAAUGAUACAAUGAAAAAAAAACAUUUUAUAAUAAAAGUUAUAAGCCUACAUUUGGUAGAAGUAAUUUGUCCUGGAUCUGGUGCAUAAAUGAAGGGUGGUCAGUUAUGACAUUCUUUAGGCUAGUCGGAUUCACGUUUUGUGUAUAAAUCUUGUUUGUUCUAUGUCUGUCAGACUAAGCUAAGAAAGUCGCUCACUUGCUGGAACAGAAUGAGUACAUUCUGCAAGUUUGACAGACUCUCAACAAUAUAUUUUCAAAAAGAAGGAAGUUGUAAAUAUGUUUGUGUAGGUCAAUGUCUUUGCUUAACCAUAAUAUAACACUGCACAUCAA